UGGCUGGCCCGGGUCCAGCCUACUGCUCGUGUAAGAGGAGAAAUGCAGCUGUCAGGCUCGCAGUGUCCCGGUCUCUGCUCUCCGAAUAAGUAGAAAUGGGCGGGAGGUCGCCGGUUGCCCUCUUCGUGGCCCUGUGGGCCAGCCAGCUGGGCCUGUGGGCCGCGGGGCGCUCCAAGGUGAACCCCAGGAUCAUCGCGGCUCCGCAAGGUGCAAGAGUGUAUGUAUUCCCCACGAGUGAGAAGUACCCUGUCUUUUACCACAAAGAAAACAGCUCAGCUAUCUUCGUCGGGGGAGAGGGAAGGCUUUACUACUACGACUUUGCAACCUAUGAGACGUACACGGAAGACUUCCCUAUGAUGAGAGAAGGACAGUGCAUGAACUCUGGAGGUCCGGAAGACAAUAAAAAUUACCUCACAUUACUGGGGGAGCAUGGGAACGGGAUGUUAGUGUGUGGAACUGGCGCCUGCUCUCCGACCUGCUGGCACUGGGAAGAGAAGAAGAAGGGCUCUCCGUGGGAUGGGAGAGGUAUUGCCCCUUUCAGCCCAGACUCGAAUUCCCUCGUCGUUGUUGACGGUCAUGACAUCUAUUCCACCAUCAAGAAGAGCCAACAGAAUGGCAAGAUACCCCGUUUCCGGCGAGUGAAAGGAGGUGGAGAGCUCUACACAAGUGACACUGUGAUGCAGAACCCCCAGUUUGUCAAAGCCACCACUUUAAGGCACGAAGAGCCUCACCAGGACAAGAUUUACUACUUCUUCCGUGAAGACAAUCCAGACAAGAGUCCUGAGGCACCCAGAAACAUCUCCCGAGUAGCCCAGCUGUGUAAGGAAGAUAAAGGGGGAACCAGCUCACUCUCUGCUUCCAAGUGGACCACCUUCCUGAAGGCCAGCUUGAUUUGUGUCGACCCAGUCACCAAGGGCAACUUCAACUGGUUGCAGGAUGUCUUCUUUGUCCCUUCAAGUAACUGGAGGGAUUCGAAAGUCUACGGGCUCUUCACAAACACAUGGGGAAGCUCUGCUGUUUGUGUCUAUUCCUUCGGGGACAUUGACAAUGUAUUUCGGACAUCCAAACUUAAAGGCUAUAAUGGUCCCAACCCGGAUGUCAAGCCUGGACAGUGCGUUUCCUCUGGACAGCACACCCCAAGCGAGACCUUCAAGAUAGCCGACAGCCACCCGGAGGUGGAGGACCGGGUGGAGCCCCUCGCCCCCACCAAGAGCCCCUUAUUCCACAACAAGCACCGCUACCAGAAGAUCGGGGUGCACGAGGUCUCUGCAGCAGACGGACGCCGCUACAAUGUGCUCUAUCUGGCAACAGACAAGGGAUCCAUCCACAAGAUCGUGGAGUUGCCGGACGGGGUGCAGAACAUCAUGGAGCUCCAGGUCUUCCCCAAGAAGGACUCAAUCCAGUCCAUGAUCCUGGACCAUCAGAGGGCCAUGCUGUACGUGGGCUCAACAGAUAAAGUCAUGGAGAUACCCAUGGACAUGUGUGGGGUGUAUCGUAACAACUGUGAGAGCUGCUUGCUGGCAAGGGACCCCUACUGCGGGUGGUCCAAUGGCCGUUGUCAGUCAGUGUAUGGAGGCCGGGAGGUGCGUCAAAACCUAAACCUGGGCUCGUGGAAGGAAAAGUGCCAAGGGGGUAAAAUUAAGGAAGCAGACAACUACCAGAACAUUACAGUUGUCCCUUUCUCUCGCUACUACCUCAACUGUCCGGUCGAGUCCCACUAUGCCACCUACAAUUGGUACCACAAUGACUUCCUCAUCAAGAGCUGUAACAACACCCACCCCCAGCAGGACUGCUUCCAUUUCAUCCAGAACGUGAGCCAUGCUCACUACGGCCGCUAUGUCUGCGUCUCUGAGGAGGACGGCUUCAGGCAGGCUCUGGUGAAGGAGCGCCUGGUGGGCCAGCUCAGGUUCAUGUCCCAGAAGGGCCAGGCUGCCACGACAUUUGGCUCCUGGUUGCACCUGCUCCUGAUGGUGGUGUUGGUGGAGCUCUUCCACUGAAUGCGACAGGAUCGUGUUGUCACCUUCCAGUCUGCUGCUGCUCUUCCUCGACUUGCUAUCCACUCCUGAGGCGAGAUCCCCGUUCUCUUAGUCACUCUUAGGACAUUGGCCUUUGACUGUCUCAGAUGGGGUCCUGCCGCUCUGUGCAGCAGUCCUUCCAUCUCUGGUCCUGGUGGAAGAGAUGCCUCUCGGGCAUUGUGAGGAAGACGCAACUGCAAGGCCAGAUGGAGUGGGGUUUGGGGAUGGGGCAGGAAGGGGUACCCUCGUACACAGCGGACUUUCACUGCGAUGCUCAUGGGGUGGCUUCAGCCUCUCCCCCAGCAUCUGCUGGUAGCUCUGUGCUGGUAGUCCUUGUGAGCAUACACUGGGUGCCAGUUUUGUUCACGGGACUAUGCAGAUGUGCAUGCACUGAUCCUCAGGGCCUGGUGACUCCUCUCUUUGGGAACGUGCAUGUGAUGAAGAGGAGGAGCCAGCCCUUGGCCUUACCAACUGGUUGAUCUGUGCUUCUCUCCAAGUGAGGACUGAUGCCUCCAGGUUUUCAGUUGCUAAUGUCCGUUCGAGUUGACAAGCACCUGGAAUGCUCCGCAUGUCACCUGUGAGUCCCUUCCUGGCCUGGGCACAGGGGUCAGAAGAGUCGGACCCUGGGAGCAUUUUGUUUUUUGUAGACAUGGGAGGAACUAGCACUGGUUACCUGCAGGAAAGGGCAGGCACAGAGUUAGCAUUUUGCAUGGAAAAGACUUGGAGGAUGACUAGAUUUGGUGGGUGGGAAAGGCAGACCAAAGGGCCCUCGGUUUCCCAGAGGUGGGAAGGGGAGCCUCAGCCAGAACCAGGGUGGCCCUGAGAAGACGUUCAGAUGCGCAAGUCCUCUGUAGGCAGCUAAGGGCAUUCAUCUGUGGUCAGCCUGCUCCCAGUGCACCUUUCCUCUGCGCGAGGGACCGGGCUUCCUCAGGGAAAGAGGAGGCAGGCUGCAGGUCUCAGGGUGCUGCAAACAGGCGUAACCGCGCUGAGCAGAGCAGAGCAGAGCCGAGGGGCUGCCUCUGUUUCCACCACCCGGGAGCAGAUCUGCCUCUCUCCCUCGCAGCGAGUGUGGAGGGAGGAGAAGGGGAAGCACCACACUUACUUCCUUGGCCUUUGAGGCCUCCAAGCAAGACUAAACUGUGAAAACUGGGAUUCUCUCCCUAGGCCUGCGUGCAAGGGGUGAUCCCACAGCUUGUCUAAGCCUUUUCCAGCCCUCUUGGCCCCCAAAACACCCAGUCUCAGGCCACGAAAUGGAGGCACAUCAUAUCACAUGCUUCCAAUUACCUGUAACGGCGGCACAGCUCCUGCUUUGUGCCUGCUCAGAGAUGCUCAGGAGCGCCGGAGCGGGAUGGGCAGCGGGCAGGCGGCGCAGCCGGCCGGGGAGCUGUUGCGGGGUCUCUUGGCCGGGGGGGGGACAUACCGCAUUUUUCGUGACCGCAGACUACGGACAACGGGCCAGAGGUUCCUACUGCACUACAUUUCCACACCAACCUUCGGAGUCUAGAGUAGAGCUUGUUACAUCUCUUCUCAAAGCACUUUAACUUUGUGAACUAACAAAUACCUAUUUAUUAGCCACUGAGGAUUAUCGUACUUGUAUAAUUUUAUAAUGUUAUAGAAAGGGGGUGCAAGUUAGAAAAAACAAAACAGCUACCAAAAACCUCUCAGAGCUGUGACCAAAGCGCGAAUGUGACAGUGGAAAUAAAAGAGUGGAAAAGAG